AUGCUUCAGAUGAUUUAUCUGUUCGCGGGUAGUCUGAUUGUGGCUGGAUACAAUAUCCUGGGCGUUGAUCAGUUCGUUGUCAGUCCAAUACUUACACUUACUGCUCUCACAUAUCUUUGCCAGACGUUGUUCAGAAUCCCAUCGCUCGCUUAUAUCGUCAUCGGUGUCGGAUCGUUUUUCAUUGGAGCUAACUGCACCAGUGUUGUCAUUCUUCUAGAAAAUCAGAUAAUGAAGGAUGAAGCAUUGUUAGCUGCUUAUCACUUCUGCAGCAUCGCGUUCUUGGUAAUCCCUCACUACAAUUUUGGCAUGGCUCUUUUUCGUUUGAAUUUUGUUGCUGUAUUGCGCAUACAAGGCGGAAUAUACCUUGGUACGUAA